AUGAGUGAAAAUGUGUUUGAGUUCCGAGUAUUAGACCCUGAGCUGCGCAAGGGCAGCGGCACGCUGGAUCUCGCCUACUGGACGUACCGCAUCCGGGCCCACACGACGCUGCCGACUUAUCCCCGGCGGGAGAUGGAGGCGCUGCGGCGGUACAGCGACUUUGAGUGGCUGCGGCAGCAGUUGUGCGAGGCGGAGCCCUUCUGCAUCGUCCCGCCCAUCCCCGAGAAGGACGUGCAGGGGACCCUCAACAAACUCGUCGGCUCCGCGUCGGAGGGGGCCGCGCGGCUGCGGGACUACCGGCAGCGGGCCCUGCGGCAGUUUCUCGUCCGCGUGGGGGCCCACCCGCGGCUGCAGUCGCUGCCGAUCCUGCAGGACUUUCUCGAAAUGGACGAGUCGGAGUGGGAGCGGAAGAUGAAGGCCACACAAAAGACUACGGACCGCUUCUUCUCAACCGCACUAGGCGAGGGCGUCAAUCACGCACUAACAAGGCAGUGGAACAGCAGCAGUAAUAACAGUAGCGCCAUCACAGAGGCAGGGAAGGCCUACAGCCGCGUUAUCACCGAUGGGAAAACAGACGCCCAUGUCUGGGAAGAGACACGAUUGUAUAUUCAGCAGUUAGAGGAUAGUAUAAAGAUGUUGCGAGAACGUGUACAAAUGCUUGUGGAUCGCAGAAGAAGUACCAGUAAAGCUUUAUAUGAUUUUGGUGUGGCUUUUGAAAAAGUUGGAGAGGUGGAAAAAGGUAUUGAAUCUACAUCUUUAAGUGAUGCCCUCAUCGCCGUGGGUCAACACAGUGAGACCCUCUCUUCUAUAUAUGUUGAACAUGCCGGAGAUGAAACCAAGCAGGUGGUGGAAACAUUAAGUUAUUAUUAUGGAAUGUGUGCAGCAGCCCGUGAGACUCUUAAACGAGUUCAACAUGCAGUACAACAAGUAAACUCCAUUGCACAAAACGUACAAGAUCUUAUCGCACAAAAAGAGAAAGCGACAACCCGAGGACAGACGGAACGUGUAGUAAAGUUGGAAAAUGAAUUGAAAGCCAUGGAGGAGCGGUUAGAGUUAGCUGCUAAAAGUCUGAAAGAUGGAGAAAUAAUCUUCAAGGAUGAACUUCAACGCUUUCAUCGUGAUAAGCAAUAUGAUGUGAAACUUAUCUUAAAGACUUUUGCAGAACUUCAGCUUAAAUACGCAGUGCGAAUGCGUGAAACAUGGGAGAAACUACUCCCCACAGUGGAAAAUGUGCAACUUGAGGAUUAG